AUGGGGACAUUCAGCUACAGACAAUCCACGCCCAAAGCAACAGGGUCGCACACGCAGGGCCUCUAUCGGUCACAUAAGCACAAGUGCACACUUACCGAGGAGGCAGUCACAGUCACAACCACAUUGUCACAGUCGGCGCACACCUGGUCCCGCCAGCGCGUGACUUGGAAGCUGAAUUACCGCGAGAAGUACAGUCUUGCGGAGGAGACCUCUGGGAAGCGUAGUCAGAGACGUAUCAAGGCCGGACAAGAUGGCUCCCGAUCGUCAGAAUUCCUGUCCGCGCCUUGCGUCAGCCCCGCCGAAAGGAUCGCCCCCCUAGUCAAACCGCUCGCGCCCCAGAGGCCUCAUGGAGUCCCGCCUCAGGCUCGGGCCUUGGCCCCCAAAGAAAGCCACUCCGACGUGUUUGAGAUGGGCUUAGUUCCCGGACCCGUCCUACUGCCCCCAGGCGCUGGACAGCCUCAGAAAGAGGACAAGUCUGCAUGGAAAGAUAAUCGCACAACUGAGCCUUCUGGGAGAUGUAGUUCGGAGCUGGGAAGGCGGUUGGACCCUCCGAAAGUCAUCUUAAUUGCUCUCACAGAUAAGCCGGCGCUGGGCUGCCGGCCUUACUGUGCGCCCAGAGUGCGCAGGCGCAAACAUCCUGGGUUGCUGUUUUGGCCUCUUUGUUCGGGCGUGAAUUUUGUUUAUUGCUCCUUAGUGCAGAGGGGUUAUGGGACCAGAGGUUGUGAGACUCAAAACUGGUUGGGGACGCAGAAGGGGUGUAGACCAGGAACCUGCGACCUGAUGGGGGGAGGUCAAAGGGAAAGGAAUCGCCAAACGUGGGACGGGUUUGGAGAGGCAGAAAGAGAGGAGUCUGAAAUUGCAAAGGGCAGGUGUUAUUCUGACUUCUGUAUGCUUUGUGAUAAAUGAGUGGGACAGGAAGUAAGAGGAGUUUCACUUUCUCCUUCUGCAAUUAUUUGUGUACUUGGACUAAGUGUAUCUCAUGGCCAGUAUUUGACUGCUUUUGACCUAUAAAGGUAUUGUAUACACAGUCGUGCAUAGUUUAAUAAUAAGGAUAUAUUCUGGCCGGGUGCGGUGGUUCACGCCUGAAAUCCCAGCACUUUGGGAGGCUGAGGGGUUCGAGACCAGCCUGGGCAACAUGGUGUAAACCCCGUCUAUACUAAAAAUGCAAAAAUUAGCCAGGCGUGGUGGUGCACGCCUGUAGUCCCAGCUACUCGGGAGGCUGAGGCAGGAGAAUCGCUUGAACCCAGGAGGCAGAGGUUGCAGUGAGCCAAGAUUGCACCACUGCACUCCAGCCUGGGCGACAGUGAGACUCGGUCUCAAAAAAAAAAAGGAUACAUUCUGAGAAAUGCGUUGUUGGGCAAUUUCAUCAUCGUGUAAUAAUUUCAUCAUUAUAGAGUGUACAAACCUAGAUGGUAUAGCUGACUGAACACUUAGGCUAUAUGGUAUAACCUGUUGAUCCUAAACUACAAAGCUAUAUGGCAUGUUACUGUACUGAAUACAGUUGGAACACUGUAGGGACCAGCCCUACAAGGUCUGUGGGUUUUUCUCCCCGUGUGCAGAGAAGAGAGGUGGUAGAAAUAAAGACACAAGACAAAGAGAUAAAAGAAAAGACAGCUGGGCCUGGGUGAGCCACUACCACCAAGACGCAGAGACUGAUAGUGGCCCCGAAUGCCAGGCUGCGCUGUUAUUUAUUGGAUACAAGACAAGGGGGCAGGGUAAGGAGUGUGAGCCAUCUCCAAUGAUAGGUAAGGUCACGUGGGUCACGUGUCCACUGGACAGGGGGCCCUUCCCUGUUUGGCAGCUGAAGUGGAGAGAGAGAGAGAGAAGACAGCUUACGCAUUAUUUCUGCAUAUCAGAGACUUUUAGUACUUUCACUAAUUUUGUUACUGCUAUCUAGAAGGCAGAGCCAGGUGUACAGGAUGGAACAUGAAAGCGGACCAGUAGUGUGACCGCUGAAGCACAGCAUCACAGGAAGACGGUUAGGCCUCCAGAUAACUGCAGGCGGGCCUGACUCAUGUCAGGCCCUCCACAAGACAUGGUGGAGUAGAGUCUUCUCUAAACUCCCCCGGGGAAAGGGAGACUCCCUUUGCUGGUCUGCUAAGUAGCGGGUGCUUUUCCUUGGCACUGACGCUACUGCUAGGCCAUAAUCCGCUUGGUAACAGGCGUCUUCCCAGACGCUGACGUUCCGCUAGACCAAGGAGCCCUCUGGUGGCCCUGUCCGGGCAUAACAGAGGCUCACACACUUGUCUUCUGGUCACUUCUCACCAUGUCCCUUCAGCUCGUACCUCUGUAUGGCCUGGUUUUUCCUAGGUUAUGAUUGUAGAGUGAGGAUUAUUAUAAUAUUUGAAUAAAGAGUAAUUACUACAAACUAAUGAUUAGUGAUACUUGUGUAUAAUCAUAUCUGUGAUCUGUAUCUAGUGUAACUCUUGUUAUUUUAUAUAUUUUAUUAUACUGAAACAGCUCAUGCCCUCGGUCUCUUGCCUCGGCACCUGGGUGGCUUGCUGCCCACAGAACACAAUGUUUCUUAAGCUUUCUGGGACGCGACCUGUGAUGACUCGGCGGAUCUCGGUGGCAGCUGCCUCCUUCAUCUCCAGCGACGCCUGCAUGCUGUCCUAGGCAGUGUGAGGAGUGAAGAUGAGAUUUGGUGCAUCUUUCAACGGAGCCUGAGCAAAGCUAAAGGGCUCCGAUUCGUGCAAGCCAAGGGCUGCCCCUCCUAUCCUGUCCUCCUUGAGGGCCUGUGCUAAGGCUUUCUCAUCCACCAGGCCACCACGGGCUGCGUUCACAAGGAAUGCUCCCUGUCUCAUCUGCUUUAUAGUAAAGUCAUUGACGA